AGCCAUUUCCCCCUGAAAGCGGUUCUCUGGGACCACCUUCUUUUGGCUUCCACCUCUCCCACACUUGACAUCUGAGCAGCUGCGAGGGAAGCUCCUCCAGGUCCCAGUGUUUAUAUGUGCAGGAGACUGGCCGCUAAGGCUCAGGACUGGGAUUAGUCGGCUCUGCUCAAACGCGCGGCUUUUAGGGAGUGUGUGUUGGGGAGAAAGUUCUAGGAUUUCCAGUGAAAAGUGACAGAGCUUGGUGGCCUUUGGGACCAUCGUGAAGUCUUCUGCCUGGAAGUCCAGACUUGCAUGCCAUGGAACACCCCCUCUUUGGCUGCCUGCGCAGCCCCCACGCCACAGCGCAAGGCUUGCACCCCUUCUCGCAGUCUUCUCUAGCCCUCCAUGGAAGAUCUGACCACAUGUCCUACCCCGAACUCUCCACUUCUUCCUCGUCUUGCAUAAUCGCGGGAUACCCCAACGAGGAGAGCAUGUUUGCCAGCCAGCAUCACAGGGGGCACCACCACCACCACCAUCACCACCAUCACCACCACCAGCAGCAGCAGCACCAGGCUCUGCAGAGCAACUGGCACCUCCCGCAGAUGUCCUCCCCGCCAAGCGCGGCCCGGCACAGCCUGUGCCUGCAGCCCGACUCCGGAGGGCCUCCGGAACUGGGGAGCAGCCCUCCGGUCCUCUGUUCCAACUCAUCCAGCCUGGGUUCCAGCACCCCGACCGGGGCCGCGUGCGCACCAGGGGACUAUGGCCGCCAAGCGCUGUCACCCGCGGAGGUGGAAAAGAGAAGUGGCAGCAAGAGGAAAAGCGACAGCUCAGACUCCCAGGAAGGAAAUUACAAGUCAGAAGUGAACAGCAAACCUAGGAAGGAAAGGACAGCUUUUACCAAAGAACAAAUCAGAGAACUCGAGGCAGAAUUUGCUCACCAUAAUUACUUGACCAGACUGAGAAGAUACGAGAUUGCAGUGAAUCUAGAUCUCACCGAAAGACAGGUGAAGGUGUGGUUCCAGAACAGGAGAAUGAAGUGGAAGCGGGUCAAAGGAGGGCAGCAAGGAGCCGCAGCUCGAGAGAAGGAACUGGUGAAUGUGAAAAAAGGAACCCUUCUCCCUUCAGAGCUGUCAGGGAUUGGUGCAGCUACCCUCCAGCAGACAGGGGACUCGCUAGCAAAUGACGACAGCCGCGACAGUGACCACAGCUCAGAGCACGCACACUUAUGAUAUAUACAGAGACCAGCUCCAUUCUCAGGAAAGCACCAUUGUGACGGCAAGCCUUACCAGAACAUCGUUUACAUGGCAGAGGACUGUGGCAGUGUUGCUUUGAUAGAAUCAAAUGCAGGCAUUUCAAGUCUUGUUUCCCAUGAUCGAUAAAAGGUUUACACUAAGUGCCUCUUAUGGACGAUGCUUCCACAGCGAAAUUGGAGAAGGGGAACUGUUCAAAUACAGUUGUUCCUAUGUAUGACAAAGAGGGAGACGAGUCAUUGCUUUGGCUUUCUCUGAAAAUUAAAUGCUACCGAGAACCAACUUGGUAAGGCGUUUUUAUCCAAGACGUCUCCAGAGUGAAGAUGUUAACAAUUAAAUGUGCUUUGAACAUUCCAGUUGUGCCAGGUCAUGUGUGUGACACUGGGCAGGUAUUUGCUUUUGCUUGCACUGAAAGACUGCUAUCAAGUUAACCCAUGACAUAGUUUAUCCUGAAGAGCCGCAGUGCCUGAAAUCACCAAGUGGAUUGAAAGUGUAUUCAAACUCUGUAUAUACUACCCCUAAAUCAUUUUCCUGUCUUCACUAAUGUUAGCAAAUGCAUUCAUAUUAGCUGAUGAAAAUAGGCUCUCCCAUUGACAGUCACAGCCAGCUUUCUGUAUUUUUAUACAUUCUUGUGAGUCACAGGCAACCAGUAUGCGCUUCCCUGUGUUCAAGUAGAGAAAAUGCAGUAGUCUGUCUGAUAGGACAUGUUCUUGUAGCACAGACAAAACAAAUCUCCUGUUGCAUUUACUAUCAACUGCUGCUGACACAUUAUAGAACUUAAAUAGCCCCUCAGUCCUUCCUCUCUUAUAGCUUGAAAAGCCUUAGGCUCCUAGGCAAAGCAGUUACCGUGCGGAAAGAGUCUUGUGGGCAAAUGUCUAAUUUUGUAUCUUUAAAUUGUGAGUGUUUAUGGAUGUGAUUCAGUUAACAGGGAAAGGAUUUAUUCCUCAUUGUUUAUGACAUCAAACCAAGUGCCAAACAAAUCUAAUUCUCCAAGAGAAUGGAUGAGAGAUUCUGAAUGUCUGAAAAUUAGACUCAGCAAAACACAUUAUUUUUCAUAUGCUCUAUAUUCAUGCAGAACAAGUCUUUGUAUUUUGUAAAA